GGCGGCACUUGCUGAUUCUUGCUGGCGACGCAGAGGUGCGGGGCGGAGCGAGAGCAGGAAGAAAGAGGAAGGAGGGAAGAAAGGAAAAAUCGCGAAGAAAGUCACCCGGGACACGGAGCGCUCAGAACACGCAACGGGGAUAGAAGAGCGAGCGACAGCAUCAUGGCCUCAGUGUCCACUCACGGGAACCAAGAGAAAAGUCACCACUUGCCGCCCCUGAGCAAGCAGAGCCUGUUGUUUUGCCCCAAAUCAAAGCUGCACAUCCACAGAGGGGAGAUCGCCAAGAUAAUCCGAGAGUGUCAAGAAGAGAGUUUCUGGAAGAGAGCCCUGCCUUUUUCUCUAAUAAGCAUGCUUGUCACCCAGGGACUGGUCCACCAAGGCUAUUUAGCUGCUAAUCCAAGAUUCGGAUCAUUGCCUAAAGUUGCACUGGCUGGUCUCUUGGGAUUUGGCCUUGGGAAAGCUUCCUACAUAAGAGUGUGCCAGAGUAAAUUCCAUUCCUUUGAAGAUCAGCUCCGCGGCGCUGGCUUUGGACCCGAGCACAACAGGCACUGCCUGCUCACCUGUGAGGACUGCAAAACCAGGCGAGGAUUAAGCGAGAAGGCAGAGUCACAGCCAUCUGCUUCCUAAACCGAGGCUGUGGUUUCCAAUCAUUUUUAAACCUCUGACUUUGUACACAUUUAAAAUUUCAAGUGUACCUUAAAAUAAUAUACUUCUAUCGAAACAGAAACCUUGUAAUUCUCUCACCCCUCUGAAAUGCUUGCUGUGGAAGGAUCUCGAUUGACUUGAGCAUGGUAUAGUCUUCUCUUCUUUAAGAAGACAUUGGGAGCUGUCCCACACUACCCAGGAAAGAAGUUAAAGCCCGCCUUGCUUAGAGCUUCCGGAGAGAUCUUUGAAUAGCUUCUGGGUCAUCCUUCCCUGGUUCCCUCACUCUGAUUUAAUCUUUAUUUUCAGUGUUUUAAGUUUUUUGGUAGAGAACAGGAAUGGAUGAUGUGGAAGUUAGUUGGGACCAACUAAAGUCUAGAGCUGAGAUCUGUAACUCAGUGUUGAAGCAUUUUCUACGAAAGGGUCACCAUUCAAACCUAUGUAAUCAACAAUGUGGUCAAUAUGACUUGGUUCAUCACGACGGUGGAGCUGUAAAA